AUGGUGGAUUCUUUCCUACGCGUGGUAUUUCCCCAGGCGGACAACCUCAAGUACAACGACCCCGGCAUUUGGCGCUGCCUGGAUUCCAAGAACUGUGACUUCUGGCAACCUGCGCGCUCCAUCUCGUGGGUCAACCUCUCCUCCAACCACUUCGCCAUGUUCUUCGAGUCGAAGCGGUGUCAGCCGGAUGGCAAGUUCGUCUUCGUUUCGACGCCAGGCCUCACUUCCAGCAUCAAGAGGUUUCAAAACCCGCAGUCCAUCCAGUCGAUGAUGAUCGGCGAGAACCAAAAGUGCACGCACCGCCCUGUGUCGACAACGCAAAAGUGUCCUGCACACUAUGAACGCACAAUUGAUGCCAACACUACAUACGAAGUGGAGUGGGGCGACAGCGGACUGUCGUCAAACUGGUACGACGAUCUAUCGGACGAAUAA